AACCUCACACUCAUUUCCACUGCACACUAUUCUUCUCUUUUGACUUGGACAAAACGGAGAUGGCAAGUUUAGAGGAAGACGAGUUGGUACAAAUGGUGCAAGAUUUUAUAGAAUCAGAAUCAACAUCCUCCACUACUUCCACUUCCUCAAAUUGCCACACCUUAACCCACAGAACCCAAUUUUUUAUUCUGCAGGAUAUUCUAAGGAGUGAGGGUGAUGCAGCACCUGAGACCAAGGUGUUGAAGUGUGUACUGAAACAUAUGAGAGGUAGAAAGGGUGCAGAGAAAACAACCAAUCUCAGUAGAUGGCUUGCUGUGAGGAUGAAAAUGGACGGUCUUAAUGCUUCUAUAUGCCACACGUCUUGGGCCACCUCUCUGGGUUGUCCUGCAGGUGAAUACGAGUAUAUUGAGGUGACGGUGGAGGAUGAGGAUUACGGUAAACCUUUGAGGGUAAUAGUAGAUAUAGAUUUCAGGUCCCAAUUUGAAGUUGCGAAGCCUACGGAAGACUACAAAGAAUUGACAGAGUCGGUUCCUUACAUUUUUGUUGGGAGUGAGAAGAAGCUGUGCAACAUAAUUUCCUUGCUAUGUUCUGCGGCCAAACAGUGCCUGAGAGAGAAGGGUCUUCACGUGCCUCCAUGGAGAACCACAUCGUACAUGCAAGCCAAGUGGCUUUCUGUGAGUUGUAAAGAGGGUAACCGUGAAGGAUCAAAGGGUGAUGUGAUUGGUGAUGAAGAUAGUGAUAUUAUUGGUAACUGGGUACCUCCAUUGCUGAAACCAAAGAAAAGGGAUUUGGGUGGUGGAUCUACUUUGUCGAAUCAAUUAUCUAACAUGAGUAGUGUAAAUUAUUGUUGCUAGCUAGCUAGGGGAGUCUCUUUAUCAUCACAACAACCCAAUUUUGGACUUCUAUCCGCUGUUAACUGGGUGAUCAACAUCACAAGUAUUUUUGUAUUCUACCUACACCACUUCCAUGAAAUAAGCACUUAGCAUGGAAAACAAACAGACAACCUCUGCUUACGUUAAUUUUUGGAGUUUAGUUCUUUAUUUUGUUAGCCCUGUAAUCCACUGGAGGAGGAUCCUGUUCUUCAAUAAAGGAAUAUCCUUAUCUCUUUCA